ACGUGACUCGUCCUCUUUUCUCGUGGUCGGCCAUCUUGAAAGAAAAUCCACAUUCAAAAUGGUGAAGACCAACACUCAUGGAUACCGUCGGGGUACCCGGUACAUGUUCUCUAAGGACUUCAGAAAGAAGGGCCCAACACAUCUUUCUACGUAUAUGAAAAUAUUCAAACGUGGUGAUAUUGUUGAUAUCAAGGGUGAUGGUUCCGUUCAAAAAGGUAUGCCACACAAAGUGUACCACGGCAAAACUGGCAAGGUGUAUAAUGUCACUCAACAUGCUGUUGGUAUAAUUGCCAACAAGCAAGUAAGAAAUCGGAUUAUUCAAAAACGAAUCAAUGUCAGGAUUGAACAUGUCAAACAUUCAAAGUGCAGAGACGAUUUCUUAAGAAGAGUCAAAGACAAUGAAGAAAAACGAAAGAAGUUUAAGGAGCAAGGAAUCAAGAUCGGUUUAAGUUUGAAAAGACGGCCAAAACAGCCACGUAAAGGACACUUUGUGAGGACAAAGAACAACAAGCCUGAGGUGUUUGAACCAAUCCCAUAUGAAUUCAUUGCAUAAUAAAUAAAAGGAACAUGGUUCUUAUUUAAGAGAAUACA